CCGUUGACACUCAACACACCGUUGAAGAAAUGGGCGCUUCACUUUUCUUCGGUGCGAUUUUCUGCUUCCUUGCUUGGCAAAAUGUCGUGGGCUCUGGUUUGGCCCAAAAUAAGUAUUUGCGUGCAGCCACGGGCAGCAGAAAUUAUGUCUAUUACGACAACUUGGUUAAGGCUUACGAGUUGGAUUCGCGGAUUAGAAAAUUUAUAAGCGUAAAAACUGGACUGCAAAGAGCCGAGGUGGAACAAAACACAGAACCAAGUGACUCUGAAUUAGAUGGCAUAUUGAGCUGCGGAAUGUGCUACCUGGCGGCCAACACCGUCCUGACUUGGAUCAAUGAGGGAGCGACGAAGGAGGAGAUGGUUGAAAGGAUAGUCACCUUGUGCGUGACCAUGAACUUGCAGAAGGAGCAUAUCUGCAGGGGAAUCGCCGAAGCUCACGCGGACAUGGCCAUUUGGAUGGUGAACAAAAAGAAAGGCACCGACAAUCCGAUCACAGCCGAGGCGGUUUGCGGGUUUGCGCUUUUCCCACAGUGUCCUCUGGAAGGACCGCUUUACACUUGGUCGCUGGACUUUGAAUUUACGGGGCCGAAGCCGGAACUUCUUGAAGAGCAUCCUAUCCCAGAAGACGCCCCAACAUUAAAAGUGCUCCACUUGACAGAUGUGCACGUCGACCCUCACUACACCCCUGGGUCGAAUGCCGAAUGUGACGAGCCGAUGUGCUGCAGAAAAGAUCAAGGCGAAGUAAAAGAUCCCAAGGACGCGGCGGGAUUUUGGGGUGACUACAGAAAUUGCGACACCCCAAUGCACGCUUUCAAAGAUCUCAUCAAACACGCUGCUAAACAACACACAAAUCUCGACUACGUGAUUUUUACCGGCGACGUAAUUGACCACUUCAUUUGGGCGACCGGCAAACAGUCCAACGUAGAAACAAUAAAAACCGUGAUGGAGGAAAUGAAGCAGGCCUUCAGCGUCCCGAUUUUACCAAUAAUUGGCAACCACGAAGCGCAUCCAGUUAACGUAUUUUCAGGUCUCCAUCCUGAAAUUCCCGAAGAGCUUUCUUCCAACUGGGUGUACGCAUUAGCUGCUGAAAUGUGGUUGCCAGAAAUGACAGAGGCUUCGAAAGAGACCGUGAGAAAGGGUGGUUUUUACGCACACGAAAUAAAACCAGGCUUGGUCGUCAUAGCCAUCAACAAUAACUACUGCUAUCAUCUAAAUUGGUGGCUGCUUUACGAUAAUAAGGAUCCCACCGGACAACUGCAAUGGCUCGCCGAGCAACUUUUGGAGGCUGAAAAGGCACAGAAAAAAGUGCACAUUCUGGCUCACAUCCCCGCUGGCUCAAGUAGUUGCUGGGAUGUUUGGAGCAAAGAGUACAGAAAACUGAUCCACAGAUUUGAAAAUACAGUGGUGGCACAAUUUCAUGGCCAUACUCAUUACGAUCACUUUAAUUUGUACUACGAUUUGGAAAAUCCAAGCCGAGCGAUCAGUGCCGCAUUUGUCGGAGGUGGAGCGACGGCCUACACCGACGUUAAUCCCAACUACAGGGUUUACACAGUAGACGGAGUCAGGGAGGGCUCCACGUUUAGGGUACUGGACCACGAAACUUGGUACUACAACCUAACAGAGGCUAAUCUGGCGGGGCCGGACGUUCCCCCAAACUGGCAAAAGUUGUACAAUUUUAAAGAGGCCUACGGUCUUGCAUCUCUACACCCCAAAGAUUUGGACGCGUUCGUCACCAACCUUGUCAAGGACAAAGAUUUACAAGACAAAUAUUACGGUUACUACGUUAAACUCGGAGACUCGUCUUUGGAGAAAGGCUGCAAUGAUAAGUGUAGGAAGUCUCUAAUUUGCGACAUUGUGACUACGGUACACACGGAUGACGCGAAGUGCAAAUCUAUGCCUUUUGAAUCCAAUAACGCGUUGAAAAGGAAGAAGCGAGACAAAGAAGCUGCAAUACGGAUUGAAACAUAAAAAAAUCUAAACGGUUUUUAGCCGAGUGGCUCUGCUUUUAAUUUAUUUGUGCAUUAAAAAAAUAAAGAUUUCUUUGGAUAAUUAAAA